AUGAAGUUGGAUUUGGACCUGCUGCGGGACGAAGUGGAGACGAAUCCUUAUAAGACCACCCGUGAAAUGGCGAUGAACCUUGGUGUCACUCAUGUCACUCUACAAAAAGGACUGAAGUCACUUGGCAAAGUCCAGAAGCUUGGUCGACGGGUACCCCAUGCUCUAACCCAACACGACAUGAAUCGUAGGGUCGACGUCGCACUUUCACUUCUCACUUUGAAGCGCAGUCACAAUUGGCUCGACGAUCUCAUAACUGGGGAUGAGAAGUGGGUGCUGUACUCUAACGUCCAGCGCCGUGCCCAAUGA